AUGAGAUGUUCCAACGCCACGCCAUUAAGACUGCACGGCAAGUGGUACACAUGCUGCUGUUGCCCUGAACGAUUCGACGACACCGCAGCUCUCAAAAGACACACGUCAGAAAAACAUCCCACUGGACACAAUGCUUACUUUGGCCGGGACAUCACGCAACUGAUAAUAAGAGUAGAUAUAACAGACUUGCGAUGCAAACUUUGCAAGAGCCAAAUCCCCAGCGUUGAGAAAUUGAUGGAGCAUUUAAAAAAGGAACACUCAGAAACGAUAUAUUCUUUUGAUAAAAACUACAUGGUUCCCUUUAGAUUUGACACUAACAGAACAGAGCUGAAAUGCGCGAAAUGCGACAAUGAAUUCCACAAUUUUAAAACUUUGGUUCAGCAUAUGAAUACACAUAUUCCUAACUUCGUAUGUAACGCCUGCGGCACGGGAUAUGUGAAUCUGAGGAGCUUGCAGAACCAUGUCCGGAUACACGCGAACGGAGAACACAAAUGCGAGACAUGCCAUCGAGUUUUCAAUAACAGACUCAAGUUGAAGGAACACGAAAAAUCCGUACAUCUAGGGUUCAAAAAACGUAACAAAUGCGAUCACUGCGAGGAGCGCUUCAAUGGGACUAUAGCCAAGAAUAUCCACAUGGUCAAUAUCCACGGCAAGCCUGCAAUUGAGAUCAGGUGUCCGGCGUGUGAAAAGUCUUUUAAAAGCUAUAAAUACCUCGCUAUACACAAGCGGACGUUCCAUAUGAUGGAGAAACGGCACAAGUGUCCGGAGUGUGAUAAAAUGUUUUUCUCCACGCCUCAGGUUAAGAAUCAUAUGCUGUCGCAUACAGGGCAGAGAGACUUCCACUGUGUGAUCUGCAGCAAGGCGUACGGCAGGAAGAGUACGCUAAGGGAGCAUAUGAGGAUCCACGCAGACGACCGCCGGUUUAAGUGCGAGCACUGUGUGGGAUGGAAGCUCCAGAGAUCCAUGAUUUCACCCCGAGAAAGUAAGAACACAAAAUCUUCUAAACUAAAAACGAUAAUUUUAAGUCCAAAAACUGAGAAACCUAGGAAGAAACGGUGCAAGAUUAUCGAAAUUAAGCCGGCACCUGUGAAUGUUUCCUUUAAGAAACUCAACGAAGCUCACAAACACCAGACGAAUCUAAAAGAAAUACUGCUUUGCUCGAAUGCGACUCCGAUCCGCUGUCGCGGGAGCGUGGGGUAUGCUUGCUGCUUCUGCAGCGACCAAUACCGCGAUCCAGCGGACUUGAAGCAGCAUACCAUAACCUCCCACGACGAUACAACUAAAGCUAACUACAUGAAAGGAGAAUCCAUUGUAGGCUUCAUAGUAAAGCUAGAUAUAACAUCGCUGAGAUGUAACAUCUGUUCUUUGUCUAUAAGGGAACUAGGACCGUUAAUGGACCACUUGAAAAUCGCUCACGACCGUCCCAUCAUCACAGAUUUAAAGAACCAUCUAGUCCCGUUUAGAUUCGAAUCCAACUUACAAACUUGCGUCGAGUGCUCAGCAGAAUUCAGUAACUUUAAAGUGCUUUUAGCGCAUAUGAAUGAACACUACAGGAACUGCAUCUGCGAAAUCUGCGGAGCUGGCUUUGUGACUAAGCGGAUAUUACAGGCGCAUAGUUACAGGCAUAUCACUGGUGACUUUAGCUGCCGCUAUUGUCCUAAAGUGUUCGACGCUAAGUUAAGAAUGCAAGAACACGAACGGAACGUCCACAUUCUAAUGAACAAACGGAACAAAUGUGGGUACUGCGGGGAAAAGUUCACAGAUUACACCAAGAAGAACGACCAUGAAGUGAAGGUCCAUGGGGUGAAGCCGAUAGUUCUGCAAUGCCAGGCUUGCACCAAGACGUUUGAUAACCAAAGAUCGCUCACAGUUCACACUAAGACAUUCCAUUUGAUGCAAAGGCGGAGUCCGAAAACAUCAAAUCCUUUGAAACUGUAA